AUGUCUGCAUCCACACCUGCUUCCGAGGUCUCUCAGUCCCAUAAGCAAGAUUCCCAGGAUUUUUCAAACCCCCAGCUGCCUCGACAUAAGCGAGUGCUCUCCGUUUCGUCCCCAGAAUCGACUGAAAAUCGGAGGAAGGCCCCCAAAAGCGCGGACCCCACCGGCCGGCAGGUGAGCUUCAGCACAGGAACGCCACGCACAGACAGUUGGCUGAUCAGUAUCACCACCAGGCCGCAGGCUAUAGAAGUAUCGUAUCCAACUGGCAGUACAAACACACCCUUGGCAGCUGCUAGCGCUAGACCCAGCCAGCCUGCGGAGCCCCGUAGCAGGCUUGGCUCGCCGAAUCUGGAUGCUGAUGAAAUCGAAGGGCAAUACUACGAGCCCACCUCUGGACUCAAUUUCCUUCACCGAGCUCACAGACGGCUGUCAACUCAGAUCAGCAAUGUCAACCCGCAUAUUCAUAGUGGGUCCGAGCGGACGCAGCCUCUUGAGACAGCCGGUGACAAACCUCUGCAUGGUGAUAUCCGAGUGACCGGCCCAGUGGAGCUGCCAGCCACCGCAUACGACCUACUGACCUCGUACUUUGAAGUUUGCCUUGUUACAUACAUCAUGUUUCACCGAAGAACCGUGAUGGCGUGGAUGGAUACGGUACAGAGAAACAUGCGACAAGGCCUGCUUCCAACCCACGAGAUCAGUAAUUCCAAGCUCGCCGUCCUUUUCACAAUCAUGGCAAUCACAACACUCAAAGCAAAGAAGAUGAAUAAGACCCCAAGUGAUUCAUGGAACGAAGAAGACAUAUUACUUGUCACCGAUAGGUACUACUCCAUGGCUGCUUCGCUCACCGAAACAGAAAAAGGCCUUCCGCAGUUGGAGUCGGCUCAGGCGAGGCUGAUACAGGUCCUAUAUCUUCUGCAGACAUUCAGAAUGAACAAGGCAUGGUAUCUUCUUGGCAACACAUAUCAGAUCAUAGUUGCGCUCGGCAUGCACCGAAGGUCAAGCCAGAACUCCAGCCGCACCCCAAGCACUCGUGACGACUAUAUACACUCACAGUGCCAGCGAAGGACCUUGUGGGUUGCAUAUACUAUCGAUACGUACCUUAGUGUCGUCUUUGGGAGGCCUCGAUAUUUCCGCGACGAGGACAUCAACCAAGACUUCCCAGAUUCAAUCAACGAUGAAAAUAUGAGCCCACAAGGACCGCAAGCAUUGGACGACGGAUUCGAACGGGACAGCAUCAUGGAAGGGGUCAUAGCACAUGCUAAGCUGUCCAGAAUCAUUGGAACCACUUCGAGAGACGUGUACUCCAUCUUCGCCGCCUCAAAACAGGACCGGCUGGCUGCGGCGAACUUGGCACGCCAGGAGCUACGAAAGUGGCGAUCCGGGUUGCCUGCCCAUUUGAGCUCAAUCAACCCUUCGAGUCUGAUACCAGGGCUACGUAGGCAGGCAAUGGCACUGAAGCUAGGGUACUGUCACGCUGUUAUGCACGCAAAUCGGCCAUUCUUGCUGGAUAGCCAGAGCACUGACCCAUCAGUGAAGGAGUGCGUCGAAGACUGUCUCUCUUCAGCAAAGGUUGCUCUAACGACUUUGGUCUCGAUGGCUUCGGAUCGCACAAUCGUGCAUGCUUAUUGGUGGUCUCCGUACGUGGCGUUUUGUGCGCUGACCAUUACUUACGUCUGGGAGAUCCAGCAACGGAGCCGUGGCCGUGAGAGCGACGACGAAAGCCGGAAACUCUUUGCCCUGGCAGAGAAAUGCCAUGCCAACCUCGCCCAAACUGCAUCAGCGGAUUCCCCAAGUCGAAGAUACGCUGUUAUACUAGAAGAGCUGAGGCAAGAGGCCAGGCCGCGCCGGUUAUCUGCCAUCUCCAGCACACCAGCCACGGAAACAUCGAGGUCCACGUGCGACACAAGGUCGGAAUCUCAGGGCGUGCCCUUGGCCAUGCAAUCGUUAUCUGCGGACCACCCUGUAGGGUUCGGUCAGGCUAUACAACCAGCAUAUGAAGUUUUCCAACCCUUCCAGGACUGGCAAACAACGGACUGGGUUGACCUGGAUGCGUCCGUAAGUAAUGAGCUAUACAUGCAGGCCAAAUAG